AUGUUCACAGAAGCAAUAACUGUAAACGGGCCGGAACAAUUGGGAAAUAUUCAAGUACCUAAAAGAGCCAGCUAUAUACGAGUAAUUAUGUUGGAGUUAAGUCGUAUAGCUUCUCAUCUACUAUGGUUGGGACCUUUUAUGGCAGAUAUUGGUGCACAAACCCCUUUUUUCUAUAUUUUUAGAGAAAGAGAAUUAAUAUAUGAUCUAUUCGAAGCUGCGACAGAACGGGUUGAAGGAGUAGGUUUUGUUGGUAGAGAGGAAGUUAUAAAUUGGGGGUUAUCAGGACCGAUGCUUCGGGCUUCCGGAAUACAAUGGGAUCUACGUGAAGUUGAUAAUUAUGAGUGUUACGAGGAAUUGGAUUGGGAAGUUCAAUGGCAAAAAGAAGGAGAUUCAUUAGCUCGUUAUUUAGUUCGAAUUGGUGAAAUGGUGGAAUCCAUAAAAAUAAUUCAACAGGCUUUGGAAGGAAUUCCAGGGGGGCCUUAUGAAAAUUUUGAAAUCCGCUGCUUUGAUAGAGAAAAGGAGCCAGAAUGGAAUGAUUUUGAAUAUCGAUUCAUUGGUAAAAAAUCGUCUCCUACUUUUGAAUUGCCGAAACAAGAACUUUAUGUAGCAUAG